GGGCCAGCAUGUUGGGCGGACAUUGUCAGAUAGGCCAAAGUGCACCAGCAGCUCUCCUUCAUCAUGGCAGAGAGACGUAUUCCUUUCACCACGCUCCGCACCCCGAGCUGGGACCCCUUCCGCGACUGGCACAGCCGCAUCUUCGACCAGACCUUUGGCAUGCCCGCCUCAGUGGAAGACUUGGCUUUGUACCCCAGCACCCACUGGCCCGGCUACAUGAGGCCCUCAAUGAUGCCCACCGAGAUGGGUGCCGUGAUGCCUCACACUCCCAUGAUGUACCCGGGUGCCAUGAUGGCCCAGCAGGCUCGCGCCCUGUCGCGCCAGAUGAGCACGGGCAUGUCGGAGAUCAAGCAGACCCAAGACAACUGGAAAGUCUCUCUGGACGUGAACCAGUUCUCACCUGAAGAGCUGGUGGUCAAGACCAAGGAUGGGGUGGUGGAAAUCACUGGCAAGCAUGAGGAGCGUAAAGACGAACAUGGUUUUGUGUCCAGAUCUUUCACCAGGAAAUAUACCCUCCCCUCCAGCGCCAACGUGGAAAAGGUCACCUCCUCAUUGUCUCCUGAAGGUGUGUUGACGGUGGAGGCUCCGCUCGCCAAGCUUGCCAUCGGCGCCGCAGAGACCUCAAUACCUGUCACUGUGGACACCAAAAGCGAUGUGGUGAAGAAAUAGGAGCCUCACACACAAACAUACAUUCAAACAAGAUUGCAAUGCCGCCGUUGGUGAAACGGAGACCUUUGUAUCUAUACUGCGCUAAGCCAGGCCGAGAGCACCCAUGACUGUAUGUGUGUGUUGUCACUUUGCACUGUUAUUGUUCUCCUCUUCUCAGUGUGCGGUAGCUCAUAUUCUUUGCUCUCUCUUCCUCAUUUCUGCUGAGCACAUCUCCUUUCGCGCUGGCUAUUACGUCACACUAGAGUAUAAAAGUCUCCAGAGAGCAUGCACUUCACAACCCCCAAAAAGCAGAGUAAUUCCAGUUAGAGGUCUGCAAAUACACUGGUUUCAUCCUCAGUUGAUUUAGUAAUGUCAACAGAGAAUAAAGAUGAAAUGGCAUGCACAA